UCCUGCCAGUCCCAGCACACGCCAGACGCAUCGCCGACCAUGAAGCUCCUGGUGCUCGCCUGUCUGCUGGGGGUGUCGCUGGCGGCUCGCCUGGACAACACCUACCUGCCGCCGCCGGGGGCCGCCACGGCCGGGGGCUCCCCGGGCUCGCUCGCCGCCCCGGGGGCCACGGCAGCCGGGGGCGGCGCCCAGGCGCCGGGCCCGCAGAUCCCCGUGCUCAAGUACGAGAAUGUGAACAACGGCGACGGCAGCUACAUGUUCAGCUACGAGACGGCGAACGGCAUCUCGCAGUCCGAGAGCGGAUCGCUGAAGAAUGCCGGCUCACCUGGCGCAGAGGCACUGGCAGUGCAGGGAUCCUACUCGUACACCGACAACGAAGGCAACACCAUUAAGCUCUCCUACACCGCCGACGAGAAUGGCUUCCAGCCCCAGGGCGACCACCUCCCCACCCCGCCGCCCAUUCCUGAGGCAAUCCUCAAGUCACUGCAGCAGAACAUGGCCGAGGAGGCAGCAGCAGCUAACAAUGGAGCUCCUUCUGGAAGUCUUGAUCAAGCAGGAAGUCCUGCCUUCGGUGGGGCUCCUUCCGGGGCAUACAACGGAGUUCCAUCUGGGACUCCUGCAAACAGCGGAGCUUCUUCUGGAUAUCCAGCUCCCUCCGGAAGUCCUGCUCAAGCCUCAGGUCCUGCCAGAGGUCCUGCAUUCGGUGGGGCUCCUUCAUACGGAGGAGCUCCUUCUGGGGCCCCAGCAUACAGCGGAGCUCCUUCUGGAACUCCUGCAUACAAUGGAGCUUCUUCUGGUGCUCCUGCAUAUGGAGGAGCUCCCUCCAGAAGUCCUGCUCAAGCCUCAGGUCCUGCCAGAGGUCCUGCCAGAGGUCCUGCAUUCGGUGGGGCUCCUUCAUAUGGAGGAGCUCCUUCUGGGGCCCCAGCAUACAGCGGAGCUCCUUCUGGAACUCCUGCAUACAAUGGAGCUUCUAUGGGUGCUUCUGCAUAUGGAGGAGCUUCCUCUGGAAGUCCUGCUCAAGCCUCAGGUCCUGUCAGAGGUCCUGCAUUCGGUGGGGCUCCUUCAUACGGAGGAGCUCCUUCUGGGGCCCCAGCAUACAAUGGAGCUCCUUCUGGAACUCCUGCAUACAAUGGAGCUUCUUCUGGUGCUCCUGCAUAUGGAGGAGCUCCGUCUGGAAGACCUUCUCAAUCAGCAGGUCCUUCCUUUGGCGGGUCAUCUGUUGGGCUGCCGAGCUUCUCGCCUCAGUCAGGAUACUCUUACCCAAAACCUGGGAAAUAACUCAACUGAGUUCUCCACACUGUCACAUCUCAUGAAGAAAACACCGCUAUGCAGCAUGGCUAUGUCUGUGCGAAUCUGGUAACGACAGAAUAAGGCCUACCUGUUGUAACAUAUAUUAUACCGCUACAACAAUAGUUAUGUGCUCGUGAUAUUUAUUUGUACAGACUAAAACCCUUUAAAGUUCAUUUUUAUACAUCAAUUUUUAAGAUAUCGAAUUUUUAUUCUGUAUUAAGUUAAUUACUGCAAAAGUAACACAUAUAUAAAUAUGUUCUGUUCAUUAUUUUCGUUAUUUUCCUGUAAGACAUGAUAUUAUAGUGAAGUAA